AAAAGGGGGGUGGGGGGUGAUUUAGAUAUAACAGACAGCCGGCUCACGUAAAGAGCAUCCGGGACGAGGGCAAGGUCUGCUCGGCCACCGGGGACGGCAGGAUCCCCUGGGUGUCGGCCGACGACAUCGCCGCCGUCGCGGUGCGGGUCCUGACGGGACGACAAGGCGCCCAAUACCGACUAACCUCGUCCUCGGCUCCGAACUGCUCUCCUACGCCGAUGUAUGAUUACCCCCCUGCCCCUCCCCCCUUAUAAUCAGAGAAAGAAAUAAAACAGUUGUCUUCGACUGUUGGCCAACAGGAACCGGAAUUAUGCUGACCUGCUGAUCCAGAUCGUUGCCAUGGACAUCGCCAUCAAGGAGGGUUCCGAGGACCGGACAAACCAUGUUAUCCUGACCAUCACGGGGGGGCGCCCCCAAGGGAGUUCAGGGACUUUGCCGAAUCGGUCAACCACGUGUGGCAACCAGCCGGCGGCUCCUGACCGUCUUGAUAUCCACGAGAGAUCAGAUAGAUAAUGUAGUA